CAUCCACUUUUUACGACCCCAAGAAUACAGCACCUAGUCAAUCACGUCUCAGGAACUGGGAAUACUCUAGAGCUAACUACGGUUGGCGACCAAGGACUUUCAAUACUCGUCAGUGGCUUCAGGUUGACCUUGGGAAAAUGGCCAAGGUCACUGGCGUUGCUACGCARGAUAUUCGUGGACAUAACUACUGGGUGACUCGAUACAGAUUGUCGUAUUCGUCUGAUGGAAGGAGGUUCCGGUCCUUUAAGGCUUAUGGACGAGAUAAGAUAUUCAGCGGAAACUAUGACAAUUACCAUGUUGUAGCACACAAAAUAAAUCCACCAAUCAGAGCACGAUACGUCCGUAUUCACCCAGUCAGUUGGUACCGUGGUAUUGGACUUCGUUGGGAGCUUUAUGGUUGUAGGAAAGGAGGAGAACACUUCUGCAAUGCCGCAGUCGGYAUCCAGAAAGGCUCUCUCAAAAACAGUGCCUUCUCUGCCUCGUCUUUCCGACCACGUGGACAACCUUUCCUUGCCAGGCUACACAGGCACUCCAGGGGAUACCUUGGUAGCUGGGUGGCUGCRGGCAACGGCAAUAACCAGUGGGUCACAGUCGAUCUUGGUAGAAUAAAAACUAUCAUCGGCAUCAAUACACAGGGACAGUUUGAUAAAAACUACUAUGUUAGUCAGUUUUAUGUGUAUUAUAGUCAGGAUAAUAUCCACUUUGCUGUACAGAGGCACUGGUAUGGUCCAUAUCAGAUGAUCCAAGGAAAUCGUGACAACAGAGGCGUCCGCACCAACGCUUUCUAUCCACCAAUCAUUGCUCGUUACAUUCGCAUUCGACCAAUGGGAAGACGAGGAAUGAACGCUAUGAGAUUUGAACUUUAUGGAUGCAACUCAAAUUGUGAUGCUCCCCUUGGAUCAGAAGACGGCCGCAUCGCUAACCAAGAGAUAACAGCAUCUUCCUACAGUAGCACCUCAUAUGGACCUUGGAAGGCAAGACUUCGUCAAAACAGUGGCUCAUGGUGCUCCAAAUACAGAAACCAAAAGCAAUGGCUGCAAUUUGAUUUUGGUGCUGUAACUGUUGUCAAACGAAUUGCCACUCAGGGAUAUCAUACUACUGCACAGUACUUUGUCAAGAGUUAUUCUGUAUCCUAUGGCAACAACGGAUUUUCAUUCAAAUACUACCAGGAAGGAGGARGAACAAAGGUCUUCAAAGCCAACUGGGAUAGUUAUGUGCCAGUGAACAAUCACUUCCAUCGGCCAAUCAGAGCAARGUAUUUCCGUAUUCACCCCAGAAGCUGGAACAGAUACAUCUGUAUGAGAGUGGAGUUCUAUGGAUGUGUCAUUGGCAAACGCUGUGAUCAGCCACUCGGUAUGCAAAACGGUAAACUGCGGCGACACCAGUUGAUGGCCUCAUCAGAAUGGGACGCCAACCAUGGAGUAGUCAAUGGAAGAUUGAACUCCAAACGACGAGGUCACAGAGUUGGUGCCUGGUGUGCUAAGUACAAUAGCUAUAAUCAAUGGUUAAUGGCAGACUUUGGUCGACCCACAAGGGUCACCAUUAUUGCGACACAAGGUCGUCAGGACAUGAACCAGUGGGUGACUAUGUAUUACAUUACAUACAGCCAGGACAAGUCUCUGUUUGUGGAGUAUAAGGUCAAUUCAAAACGAAAGUAUUUCAAAGCUAAUCGGGACAGGAACACAGUUGUUCAGUACCGCCUGUUUCCUCGUAUCAAAGCAAGAUACAUCCGUGUUCAUCCGUAUCGUUGGCGCACUCAUAUCUCGAUGAGGGUUGAGUUUUACGGCUGCGCAGAAGAUCGUUGCUCCAUGCCCCUAGGUGUCGAGGACGGUCGUAUCAGAGACAGUGACAUCACCUCAAGAAUCCACACCCGAUAUGGUAGCUACGACCCAUGGAAAGGUCGACUCAACAGUGCAACCUCGUGGUAUCCAAGAUCUCGCGUGAGAUCCUAUUUGCAGAUCAACUUCCAGACCUUUGCACGUGUUCGAGGGGUUGCUACCCAGGGCCGAGGCAAUGCUAAUCAGUAUGUGAGGACCUACAGUAUUUCUACUAGCAAAGAUGGCAUGCGCUUUGCUAUGUACAGAGAAAACCGCCGAUUGAAGGUGUUCGAUGGUAACUCCAACAUGCACUCCAUCGUCUACCACCAAUUCAGACGCCUGAUCACCAGCCUUGCAAUACGGUUUAUCCCUCGCACAUGGUAUGGUUACCCAACCAUGAGAGUUGAAGUCUAUGGAUGUCUAGGUGCGGUGUGCAAUGCAGAACUUGGUAUGCGAUCUGGAGUCAUCAACAGCAAGCAGAUUACGGCUUCCUCACAACUCAACAACCAACAUGCUGCACGAUUUGCACGACUCUAUCAGAAGAAACGCGGUAAAUUCAAUGUUGGUGCUUGGGUGGCUAGGCACAACAACCAUCAACAGUGGCUUAAGGUUGACUUCCGUCGUAUAACUAAAGUCACAGCCGUGUUAUCUCAAGGAAGACAAGACAGUAGACAAUUUGUCCGUUACUACAAACUUGCAUACAGUCAAGAUGGCUAUCACUGGACUAAUUAUAAACUUCGAAACACUGUUAAGAACUUCAAAGCGAACGUAGACCAAAACAGCGUAGUCAUCAAUGGACUUUCUCCGCCAAUCGUGGCACGGUUCAUUCGCAUCAACCCUUCAAGCUGGUACAGUCGUAUCGCUAUGAGAGUAGAAUUCUACGGCUGUAAAACAGAUCCGUGUGACAGAUCUCUUGGUAUGGAAGACGAUCGAGUCUAUAACUCUCAAAUAACAGCAUCCUCCACCAUCAAUAAAUAUUACGCCCCAUCUAAAGCAAGACUCAAUCUUCGAGGUUACGGAGGGUGGACCGCUGCCAAGAGGGACCGCAAGCAGUGGCUACAGGUAGACCUGGGUAUUGCAUCUCGCGUCAAGAGAAUUGCUACUCAAGGUCGUUACAAUGCUAACUACUGGACAACUAGUUUUACUGUGUCUUACAGCAACAAUGGUGUAAGAUUCUACCCGUAUAUGGAAAAUAGACGAUUAAGGAUAUUCCGUGGUAACUGGGAAGACAGAAUGAUGGUUGUCUAUAAUCGAUUAUUCCGUCCAAUCAAAGCCCGAUACAUUCGUAUCCAUCCCCAAACCUGGAAGGGUACUUAUAUUGCGUUGAGAGUCGAGCUGUUUGGAUGCCGACUUGGCAACCGCUGCCGCAAGACGAUGGGCAUGCAGUCAGGACAGAUCCGCAACCACCAAAUAACAGCUUCCUCUCAAUGGGGCAAAAACCAUGGCCCUGAGCUUGCUCGACUUCACAGCAUCAAGCGAGGUGCCCGUAUUGGAGCUUGGUCUGCUAAAUACAACAAUAGAUACCAGUGGCUUCAGGUUGACUUGGGUCACCCUUCUAGAAUCAGCAGAAUAUUCACUCAGGGAAGACAAGAUUAUGGUCAGUGGGUGACAAGAUUCAAAGUGCAAUACAGUCAGGAUGGCAUUCGCUUCGUUCAUCAAAUGGCUGCAAGUAAUAUCAAGUAUUUCAAUGGUAACAGGGACAUGAAUACUGUUGUGGUACACCACAUGGAUCCACCAAUCAGAGGACAGUUUAUUAGAAUCAUCCCCUACUCCUGGUAUAGACACAUCUCUAUGAGAGUAGAGUUCUAUGGCUGCCGCAUCAAUCGAUGUAGAGUACCAAUGGGAUUGGAAGACGGCAGAGUCCUUUCUGGUCAGCUCUCUGCUUCAACAGAAUACAACUUCAAGCACGGACCUGAUCGAGGUCGUCUCAAUCAGCGCAGUGGAAGUGGUCGAAUAGGGGCCUGGGCCGCCAAGACAAAAAACAACAAACAAUGGUUCCAGAUUGAUUUUGGUAGAACCACUACUCUGACUGGUAUUGCAACCCAAGGACGAUACGAUGCGCAUCAAUGGGUCACGAGUUAUGUUGUGAGAUACAGUAAUGAUGGGCACCGGUUUAGAGACUAUAAACAGUAUGGUAGAACAAGGAUUUUCAGGGGCAACUUCGAUCGCAAUACCAUCGUUGCUUAUCAGUUUGUUCCAGCUAUUCGUGCUCGCUACCUGCGAGUCAACCCCAGAACAUGGCGAUCCUGGAUUUCAAUGAGGGUCGAAGUUUUUGGCUGUCCAACACGUCUCGCCUGUCGAAAACCUGUUGGAUUCCAGAAUGGCAAACUGAAGAACACGAUGAUUACUGCGUCCUCUACGCACAACUAUCAAUAUGCACCAUACCUUGGUAGACUGCACCAUGGUAGACGCGGUAGACUGUAUGGUGUGUGGUAUCCAAGGUAUCACAACCACAAUCAGUGGAUCCAGGUCAGGUUUGUACGCGCAAUGAAGAUAACUGGCAUUGCCACCCAAGGACGAGAGGAUACUAAUCAAUGGGUGAAAACAUACCGAGUAUCUUAUAGCCAGGACUGUGCAAGGUUCUCUUACUAUAUGAACUGGAUGGGCACUGGACCUAAGUCAUUCUCUGCAAAUAAAGACAGAAAUAGUGUCAUCACCAACUCUUUUAUGCCUUACAUUCUGGCUCGCUGUGUCCGUGUCCAUCCUUAUGGAUGGCAUUCGCGUAUAGCUCUAAGAAUGGAACUGUAUGGAUGCCCAGUUGACAAAUGUCAACUUCCUCUUGGACUCGAAAACAAGGAAGUACCAAACCCACGCAUGCGCGCAUCAUCGUACAGAUACUCAUCAUGCAGUCCAUAUAACGGUCGUUUGAAUCAACCAUACGCAUGGUGCUCCAAGUAUAGAAAACAAGGAGAAUGGUUGGCAAUAGACUUUGGUGCGAUGACCAAAAUGACUGGUAUCGCAACUCAAGGUCGUAGGAACGCUAAUGAAUGGGUGAAGUCUUACUAUCUGUCAUAUAGUAAGAAAGGAGUUCACUGGACUCCAUACAGAGAAAGACGGAAAACAAAGAUAUUCCGUGGUAACUACGACCGUUACGUAAUUGUAAGACACCAUUUUGCUCGUGCGAUAUCUGCUCGUCUGCUUCGUGUUCACCCGUUAACCUGGUACUCAUGGGUAUCAAUGAGGGUUGAAGUCUAUGGCUGCGUCAUUGGUCCUCGUUGCAAUAGACCAUUAGGCAUGAGCAAUGGAAGGAUCCGAGGGUCUGCUAUCAUGGCGUCAUCCAUGUUUGAUACAAACCACGCACCGACAUUGGCUCGACUUAAUCUGAGGCGCAGUGGAAGAAAAAUGGGAGCAUGGAGUGCAAAGAUCAAUAACCAUAACCAAUGGCUGAGAAUCGAUCUUGGAGGACCAAGGAAAAUCACUAAGGUUGCAACCCAAGGUCGCCAAGAUGCUGAUCAGUGGGUUACAAGCUACUAUCUGCAGUACAGUGUUGAUGGAGUCAACUUUGCUUACUACAAACAGAACGCUCACGUCAGGACAUUCCAAGCCAACAGGAACAGAAAUGGCAUCGUCACUUAUCGACUCUUCCCACCAAUCAAGGCUCGUUUUGUUCAGUUUAUACCACGUGGAUGGCGAAGUCAUAUCUCUAUGAGGGUUGAGCUUUUUGGAUGCCGAGCACAUUCUUGUGAUAUGCCUCUUGGUGUUGAAGACAAGCGCCUUCGUGACGGUGCCAUGACAGCAUCCACUUUCUACACCGGUUCCCUGGCACCAAAAUACGGAAGACUCUAUCACAUUUACUCUUGGUCAGCCAGAACGAAAAACAGAAACCAAUGGCUGCAGAUAUAUUUCAUUAUCAAAACUCGCGUCACUGGCGUUGCUACACAAGGAAGACAUAAUGCUAACCAAUGGGUUAAGAAGUAUACUUUGGACUACAGCAUUGAUGGACGUCGCUUCCAGACAUAUAAAGCAAGAGGUGCUAAUAAGGUUUUCAACGGAAACAGUGAUCGUCACAGUGUCGUAUUUAACGAGCUGACCAGACCAGUGACUGCUAUGUAUGUACGCUUCAGACCAUACACUUGGUAUGGAUGGAUCUCAAUGAGAGUAGAACUCUAUGGCUGCCCACUGGCCGGAGUUUGUAACUCUCCGCUUGGAAUGCAAAGCAGACGAAUCCGUAACAACAAGAUUACUGCUUCUUCGGAGUAUAACAAGAAACAUAGAGCAAUAAGUGGACGACUUGGAUCAAAUUCUUGCUGGAUCGCUAGAAUACGCAACAGCUACCAGUGGUUCAUGGUUGACUUCGGUCGACCAAUGGAUGUUACCCAAAUAGCAACCCAAGGCAGGGUACAUCAUAACCAAUGGGUGAAGACUUACUGGUUGUGGUACAGUCAGGAUAGAAUCCACUGGGAGAAGUAUAGAUCAAGAAAUUCUAUCAAGACCUUCCAAGCCAACAAAGAUAGAUAUAGUAUUGCACUAGUACCGCUUAACCCGCGCAUCAAGGCUCGCUAUCUUCGAAUCAACCCAAGGAGUUACUAUUCGUGGAUAUCUAUGAAGGCUGAGUUUUACGGCUGUAGGGCUGAUCCUUGUGACAUGCCUCUUGGUGUUGUUGAUGGUCGUGUAAGCAAAGGAUCCAUGACCGCUUCAUCCAUGUAUUCAACAAGCUACGCACCAUGGUUUGCACGCCUUCAGUCACCACGAUACUGGCUAUCAAGGCACAACAACAGAAACCAAUGGCUUCAGAUUGACUUAAGAACAUUGAGCAGACUUUCAAGGGUUGAAACGCAAGGUCGUCCUAAUGCUUAUCAAUGGGUAACAAGUUAUUCGCUGUCAUACAGUACGAACAGAGUGCGAUUCUUUGCUUACACCGAGUACAAACGAACCAAGGUGUUCUUGGGCAACUUUGAUAGAUUCUCAGUCGUGACCCACCGAUUCCUGCGUCGAUUCAAAGCCCGAUUUGUACGAAUUCAUCCACGAACCUGGAAAUCCCAUAUCGCUAUGAGGGUCGAGUUGUACGGCUGUAGACUUGGUCACCUUUGCAACAAACCGCUUGGAAUCCAGAGUGGACGACUAAAGAACCGUGCCAUCUCAGCCUCUUCAAGCUGGAAUGCCCAUCACGGGCCAUUCCUCGCAAGACUACACAGACAACGAAGAGGUAGCUACGCGGGAAGCUGGUCAGCCAAGUAUAAUAACUACUAUCAAUGGUUAAUGAUUGACUUUGGUCGGGCUACUAAGAUCAUUAGGGUUGCCACUCAAGGACGACAAGAUUCCAGCCAAUGGGUUAAGACCUAUUGGUUGUCAUUCAGCCAGGAUGGAGUCAACUUUGUCUAUUACAAAGAGGGUUCGGGAAAUAAGGCGUUCCGAGGUAACCGAGACAGAAACACCGUGGUAUCCAAUAACCUUUCACCGCCAAUCAGAGCUUACUCGGUUCGAAUCCACCCACGAAGCUGGUAUAGCCGUAUAUCAAUGAGAGUUGAAUUAUAUGGCUGCUUCAUAAAUAAGUGCUUGCUACCGGUUGGAAUACAAGAUAAACGCAUACCAGAUGGAGCAUUCACAAGUUCUUCAAUGUACAAUUACAAACAUGGACCAGAACGAGCUCGUCUUCACCAGCCAAACGACGGUAGAGGUAUUGGAGCCUGGGCUGCCAAGUAUAACAACAAAAAGCAAUGGCUGCAAAUCGAUCUGGGUGCUGUAUCGACACUUACUGGUAUUGCUACCCAAGGAAGACAUGGGUCCAAUCAGUGGGUUACUUCAUAUUAUGUAACGUACAGUCGCAACUGUCAAACGUUUGCAAAAUACAGAGAGAAUGGAAGAACAAGGGUGUUCCGUGGAAACUUUGACAUGUACACAACUGUGGCGUAUCGCUUCUUUAAACCUCUGAAAGCCCGAUGCAUGCGAUUCCAUCCACUCACAUGGAGAAGCCAUAUUUCGAUGAGGGUUGAAGUCUAUGGCUGCGUACCAGCACGUCCAUGCAGUAGUCCACUUGGAGUGGCAAAUGGUCGCUUGUCUAAUCGUGCUAUUACUGCAUCUUCUUCCCUUAAUGCUGCCCAUUCACCAUACCUGGCUCGUCUGCGACGAACCAAGACCAAGCGAUACUCCAGCUCUUGGGUCUCCAGACGCAACUCUCACAGUGAAUUCAUUCAGUUCGAUUUCGGACGAGUAAUGAGAUUCACUGGUAUGGCAACCCAAGGAAAUGAAGACGCCAACUGGUGGGUUCGAUACUUCUACCUCAAGCACAGCUUGGAUAAUGAGCUGUUUGAGUUCUAUAGCUCAGGAUCAUCCAUCAAGCAAUUUGCUGCAAACAACGAUCGCUCAAGUAUAGCCACCAUCUCCUUCAGGCAACCGUUCGUCGCACGAGUCAUUCGAAUAUAUCCAAGAUCAUGGCACGGACGCAUCGCUAUGAGGGUCGAGUUCUAUGGCUGUAUUGCGAGAGAUCUUCCGUGGAAACCAUGA